CAGCACCAUCUCCCGUCUCUGUUGUUGUACGCCCCGAAAACACAGCAUCAGCACCAGCGCGUCAACACCACCAGCCUGCCUGCUUUCUGUGCAUACUUAGUUAGGUUACCUGCCUCCGUGUCACCAUGAGGUUUCCAUGACAAAGAAAGCGGCGAGACUAGGCCUCCAUUCCUCCUUCUCUGUCUCAUUUCGCGCAGUUAUGUCUUUGGUUCGCGGCUCCCUCUCGCCAUGCCUGCGGACCGCCUGUACCUGCUUUUCUCGCUGGUUGUGAUCUCCUGCGGGGAUGGUGUCGUGAGGGCGGCGCCUGAGGGUGGUGUCCUCGGCGGCCUAAUCACGCUGCUGGCUGCGGAGGACAAUGCCAUCGCCACUGUCCCAGACGGAUCCAUCACCGGGCAGACGGCCCUUUCUCAGGUUCAGACUCCGUCUGUCCUAACACCAGAGCCGCCCUUUGCCCUGAGGGUCCUGGUGAAGGAUCAGGUGACCCGGCGGCGCCUGGGCGGGGCCCAGGUGAGGGUGUUUGUCAACCACACCCUGAGUAGCCAGGCCCUGACUGGGGAGAAGGGAGAGGUGCUGCUCAGGGUCCCCUACAGCCUGGGACUCAGCCUCACCAUUGUAGCUAGCAUGGAGGGAUACGUCCUCACCCUGUUGCCCUGGAGGACCACCAAGAGACCUAUAUUCUCCUCAGUGACCUUAUCGCUGCUCCCUCAAAACCAAGGCAACAUCUGGCUGUUUGAUGACUCCGUGCUCAUCACUGGGAAGUUACCUGACAUCUCCUACCAGCCCAGCGUUCAGUUCCCCAAGAGUCACCUGAUGCUCUCUGACGGAAGUAACACCUCCACAGUGAUGGCCUACCUGACCGUGCCACUGCGCCACCUAGGCAAGGACUGUGUCAACUGCACCCCAGGCAUCAUUCACAACAAGUCAGUGUUCAGGAGUGUUGAGUUGCGGGCGAUGGCAGCGGUCAGCACUCUGCUGUACUCUGGUGGUCAGGAGGUCCAGGUGAAAGGCCCCAUCCAGAUCUCCCUGCCCCUGGCACACACCACCAACCUGAGGCCCUCGGACACCCUCCCUGCCUGGGACUUCAACACCAAGACAGGUGCUUGGGAGAACCAGGGUCUGGGGAUAGUGAAGUUGGUUGGAGAUCAUCUGGUCUGGACCUACAUUGCUUCUCACCUGGGUUACUGGAUCGCUGCACCCCUACCCUCCUCCAACGGUUAUAUGGGCCAUGCCAGCUCAAUGGAAUUCCUCUCCUACCACACCUACCUGCUCGUAGGAAUACUGGGUGGGACUCUGGUUAUAGUCUUGGGGUUUCUGGCUGUGCUGCUGUGUCAAUGUGGAGGUUUAGGUUCCUCUCGUGGGCCGAGGAGGAGAGCACGGUUCUCGAAGCCGUCCGCUCUGAAGAAGGACCAGACCACCUCCACCCACAUGGAGGAGGGCCAUGCCAUGAUGUCCUUCCACCCCGGAGACAGAGCCCACGGCCUGGCCUCGCGCAGCGUCCAGUGUGACCCCUCCACCACCAGGCACAACAAAGCCAACUACAACAUCUAUGUGGAAGACCCCGGGCGUGGGUCCGCCCUCCUGUAUGAAAAUGUGGGGAGCGGGGCCAAGGGACCCCAGGCAUCACACCACUACAUCAACAGUGAGGAGGUGGCCAGGCUGAGGGAGAGGUCCAGAGAGGAGCGGAACAGAGCCCACCUGGGUGGAGGUGCUCAGCUGCUCCACCUUUACAACCAGCCUGUGGCCAUCCUCCAGGCCCCGGAGCGCUUCAGCAGCCAAGGUGGGGAGCAGCAAGUAUCAGGCUGCAAGUCGGCCACCUUCCCCCGUAACGGAGGAGCCUAUGACACCCACUCCCACUCUGAGCAGGGCGGUCAUGACAGCUACACCCAGACCCUCCCUAAGAACCCCCACCAUGCCCAGGGAGCCAACCCCCAGCAGGGCGGCCAGGACCAGCCCCAGGCCCUGGAGACCACUCCCCAAGGCCCAGCCUCUAAUCCUGGGGCGUGGGGCCGUUACAGCAGCCUCCCGGAGUCCUCCGUUUCCGUCCCCGGUACUCUGAACGAGGCGGCUGGAAUGAGGGCCUUCAGCAGUGGGAUGGGGGGCCCCAGUGAACUCCAGGGGAUAUCAGAGCGUACACUCCUGGAGCUGACCCGAGGCAAGGCCUCGUCGCCUCACCCCAGGGCCUGGUUCGUCUCCCUGGAUGGGAAACCAGCCGCCUCGGUCCGCCACUCCAUCAUAGAGCUCCAGGGACGCCACCCACGGCCCCCCAGCAGCAACGACACCAGCCUGGACUCUGGCGUGGACAUGAAUGAGCCCCAGCAGAGUGUGAGGGAGGCGGAGCAAGAGAGGCCUUCCAUCCGUGGCUCGUUCCCCCACCACAGCAGAGGGCGCUACAGCGAGGAGCAGGACCUGAGCAGCAGUGAGAGCGGUACCACCGCCACCUGCACCCCUGAAGACCCCUACCUGAGGAACAUUCUGGAUGGGAGCAGCGGGGCCAUUCCCAAUAUCCCGGAGGAGCGGGACGGAAUGGACACGUCCAGUGCACAGGAGGACAGUGAGUCGAGGGGGACACCGCCCCCACGCAGGCUGAGGAAGGUGAGGGAGAAGGGGAGGGCCGAGAAGAGAAGCGCCAGGCACCAUGUCAGAGAAGAGAGGCCUCUGGUCAAACGGAGCUAAGGCACUGUUCACCAGAGAUGGACUGGGAUGGGACUUAUUUCAAUACCAGUCAAUUCUGGAAGUGUAUUGACAUUAUUGGCAUUCAGUAGUUAAUGGGCAUGUUUCAUGUCCAGUUGCAUGGUCAGUGCUUUUUCCUCAAUUGGCUGUGAUGGUUACAGAAAUGUUGAAUCUGUCAAGAAGGGAUUGAGUUUAUUGUUGAUUGUUUUCCUAUAGGGGUCGUAUGUUGACGGACGGCUGAGACAACGUAUGGCGAUGUUAAAGCGUUUUCUGUGGUUUGAUGGAUGUGUAUGCUCCAGUCCUUCUAAAAGGAAUAGUUAGAUAGAUGCUAGUGGACACAGCAGUAGUAUGGCUUCAGAUCGUCUGACGCAUCUGCGUCAAAGAAGAUGCGUUCUUUUCACUGCCUGCGAUGAGGGAUUAGAGAUACUGUAUAGAGAGAUAAUGAAGGGUAAUUAGAGAGGAUAGAGGGCUGUAUUGGGAUCUGCCAGCAGAGACGGACAGGGAUACAGUCCUCCUGUACAGAACACUGACACUUACCCACCGUGAUUGCCUGCCUUUACAGGAAAUCGAUAUUAACACCAUUGCCUGCUCUGCUCACAGUGUUUAAGACUGGCUGUACCCAGCCAUCUGUCUAUCGCUCUGUUUGUAAACUAGACACUGAUUCACAGCUGUCCUUUUUAGAGGUCAUCUUUACACCUCUAUUAAGGGGGAAAUACCAUAUUUCUUUGAGAAUGCAUGAAAGGUAUAAAGUCAAAUGUUGUGUAUGAAAAGAGGAAAGUGUGUGUAUUUGACUUGUAGUGUGAAGACAAUGGAAAGGAUUCUCUUCUUAGGGACAUUAAGUCUGAGGGAUACUAAUCCAGUCAUGUGUUACUUUAACGUAUUCGUCUUCAAAUAGUUACUGUUGAUGUUCAAUGAUUCCUGUUCCACGAGCAGAUCUUACACAACACAUCGCUGUCCUUACAUACAGAUGGAGUAUUGGGAGGUGGUCAGUUUAAGCUUUCAUUGUUCAGUCUAAAAAGCACAGAACACUUUCAUUUGCCUGUUUGUGAUGCUUUGGAGCACAAUUGGGAACGAUACACUGCAAUGAGAACGUAAUAAGAGAAACAUAAAACACUCAAAUAAAGGAAAGCACUCCAAAAAUUAUUAUUUUUUUUUGUAAAAAGUGAGGUGGUAUUUCAAAUGAACACAAACCAUAUUACUGUGAUGGACUGAUAUAUUUGGAGAAGCACACAAUCUCCUCCUGAAAAUGAUGUGACCAGCGAUAUCAGUCGUCCUGCUGCUAAAUUUGAAACAACAUUCAUAUUUUGCCCAUAUUUAGUCUUCCUCGUGGUGUGACAUCACACACGCCAGUCCUUCAGUGUGUAUGAGGAUAAAUACUGUACAUGAAUAGCUUUAUUUGGUAUGUACAUACUCAAGCAUAUGAUCUAGUAUGUGUGAUUGUGUAUUUUUAUGUAUGUAUGCAUACAUCGUCCUAUCCUUUCUGCACAACUGUGAGGAAAAAUGUUCAGAGAGAAUGAGAAUGCUUCUCCGAGUGAAGAAAGAUGUUCUGAGAGAAUGAGAAUGCUUCUCCGAGUGAAGAAAGAUGUUCUGAGAGAAUGAGAAUGCUUCUCCGAGUGAAGAAAGAUGUUCUGAGAGAAUGAGAAUGCUUCUCAGAGUGAAGAAAGAUGUUCUGAGAGAAUGAGAAUGCUUCUCCGAGUGAAGAAAGAUGUUCUGAGAGAAUGAGAAUGCUUCUCAGAGUGAAGAAAGAUGUUCUGAGAGAAUGAGAAUGCUUCUCCGAGUGAAGAAAGAUGUUCUAAGAGAAUGAGAAUGCUUCUCCGAGUGAAGAAAGAUGUUUUUUUGAGCCAUCAUCGCUAUUCAUAAACCCAAGCUUUAGUGUAUGUGCUUUCCUUCGGAGGUUUGUUACAUUAUUGUAUGUUAGCUUUGGUGCGAUGAAUAGGUUCAAAUGUGAUCCGGGGUGUAAAAAGCUUGACGACGUAGCAACUUCUACCUUCUAAAUGUAGCAGCGCAAGUUAUACACCUGACGAAUGCAGCGAUGAUUUAUGAAGCUUAAAAUGAUUGAAGGCUGAACAUGUUGUUGUUAUUGUCGCCACUGAUGAAGGUUAGGAAAAACAAGAUGUUUCAACCGUUGGAGAAUUGUAUAAAGUAUAGUAUGUAAUAAUAUUUCUCAGAGACAAAACAGACCCCACUGGCCCAUCCUUUUCAAAGUGGCCUUCACUGAAUGUAUUUCCUUGUAUUUAUUUCAUUGUAAUGUAGUGUAUUUCUACUGUCCGUAUUCAUUUAACAUUAACUGGCAUUCAGGCUUUUGAAACAGGCAUUUCUUGUGUUGAUUACGUCAGUAUAUUACAGUAGUGUGAUUAGUCUGCCUUUUUGUGCACUUAUCAAUGCCUAAGUAAUAAACUCACUUGAUACCAA